ACCAAAUGCUCAUUCGAGGAGCUUAAUUUCUUCUGUAUUCGUCUACACAUUUUACGCAUCAUUAAUACUUAAUCGACUUAUCGUAUCAAUGUAUCAUUCAUAAUAAAUAAUAAUAUCUAGCCUAACAGAAUUCCAGCCCGUGCGUGUCUUCUUUAUUAUUGAAUAACACCACUCAAAUCGCGAUUGUCAAUUGCGAAUUGGGGUCGUUUCAGUUCGUCGUAACGUCCAUGUGUGUGUGUGUUUUUUGCGAGCAUGAAAAAUGUGUAAUCAGUAAUAUUUUGUGUUUUGCACUUAGAACUUAGAAGGGGGGUCGUCAGUGGUUGAGUAGAGUAAUAUUAUAUUAUUAUUUAUGUAAUUUCUACACGAUACACAAAACGCGUGCCUAGGUACUUUCUAUUUUGCAAAAUAUUUCUACUCUUUUUGAUUCGGUUUAUUUUGGCAGACUGUUAGGAUAUUCAAGGGGGGGAUACUCGUUGAUGGUUUAAUAAUAUUAUUGUUUUAUUGUCGUGUUGUAUGGUAUCGUCGAACUAAAAUAAAAAAAAACCCGAACAAUAGAGCAAUUAUCAUCCUCCGCCCAAUCAAUUAGCGCAACACAAAUCUGAACAAUUUGAAUAAUCAUCCGUAAAUUGGCAACGCUUGGUCAAAGUUUUUUUUAAUUUUCAUUAUAAUAACGUUUUGUAUUAAAGAAAUAUACCAAUUUUACAUAUUUCAAUAGCAGUUGUCUACUGGUGAAUAGUGAUUAGGGUUUUAAUAGUAAAAUCUUCUUUCGAGGUUACUCAAAAUCGUGGAUAUGUCUAUGAACGGCAAAGAAACUUCAUUCACAUCGUCAGACGCCAGUAAUGAAAAAAUCACUGCUGCAAAAAUGCCCUAUAAAAGCUACAGGCCUAGAUCUGUGUCUACAUGUUCAACAGAUUCAUGUAGUUCUGCAAGUUUAUCUGAAGAUGAUACUCCUGUUAGAUCUAAAAAACAACAAAAUAGUUCUGGAUUUAGUGAUUUUUGCAUAAAAGAUAUUAGACUUAAAGAUUUUGGAAGACGUGAAAUUGAAUUUGCUGAACAAGAAAUGCCUGGUUUGAUGUCUCUAAGGAAACAGGUGAUGGAAGAUAAGCCAUUACGGGGAGCCAAAAUUAUUGGAUGUACACCUAUUACUGCACCAACUGCUGUAUUAAUCGAAACAUUGGGUUCUCUUGGCGCUGAAUUGAGAUGGAGUGCUUGCAAUAUUUAUUCAACACAGAAUGAAGUUGCUGCUGCUUUAGCGGAAGCAGGAUUUCCAAUAUUUGCAUGGCGAGGUGAAUCUGUUGAUGAUUUUUGGUGGUGUAUUGAAAAAUGUUUUGAAGGCAAGAAUUGGAAACCUAACAUGAUUUUAGAUGAUGGAGGAGAUGCAACUAAUUUUUGUCAAGCAAAAUAUCCUAGUAUUUUUAAAAAUUUAAUUGGAAUAGUUGAAGAGAGCACAACUGGUAUUCAUCGCUUAUAUAAAUUGUUGAAAGCGGAAAAACUUUUAAUGCCAGCUAUUAAUAUCAAUAAUUGUGUGACAAAAACUAAAUUUGAUAACCGUUAUAGUUGUAGGGAAUCUGUGAUUGUAAGCUUAAAAAAAUGUACUGAUUUGAUGUUUGGUGCAAAACAAAUUGUAUUAUGUGGUUAUGGAGAAGUGGGAAAAGGAUGUUGUCAAUCUUUAAAAGGACUUGGUUGUAUAGUUUAUGUCACAGAAAUUGAUCCAAUAUGUGCCUUGCAAGCAUGUAUGGAUGGGUUUAAAGUUGUAAAGCUUAACGAAGUAAUUCGUCAAGUGGAUAUUGUAAUCACUGCUACUGGUAAUAAAAAUGUAGUUAUUCGAGAACACAUGGAUAAAAUGAAGUCUGGUUGUAUUGUGUGUUGCAUGAGUUAUUGUCAUAAUGAAAUUGAUGUGGCUGCAUUACGCACUCCAGAGCUAAAAUGGGAAAAGGUACGAUCACAAGUAGAUCACAUUCGAUGGCCUGAUGGAAAAACCAUGAUUUUACUUGCUGGUGGUCAUCAUGUAAAUUAUACGUGUUCUAGCAUUCCAUCAUUUGUCACUUCCAUAACUGGUACAACCCAGAUACUUGCGUUAAUGGAAUUGUUUAAUGCUCCAAUUGGUCGUUACAAGAGUGAUGUAUAUUUAUUGCCAAAAAAAAUGGAUGAGUAUGUGGCAAGUCUUCACCUGGCUACAUUUGACGCUCAUCUUACGGAACUUAGUGAGGAACAAGCCAAGUAUAUGGGAUUACCAAAAAAUGGCCCGUUUAAACCAAACCACUAUAGAUAUUGAUCUAUACUUCAACAAUACUGGUUUAUAAUAAAUACAAUUUAAUAUUCUCCUUAAAGGAGAAUAAAUUAUUAUUAUUUUUAUUCACAUGCAUAUUAACAAGGUGUCUCAAAAUUGUUUUGGAAGUGCUAAGAGCUGAAGAAUUCCAUUACCCAAUUAGCUGGGGGAGGGGGGAAAAUAAUACACUAGUUGUGUUUAUAUUUUAUACAUUAAGUAUAAAUAAAUCAAUAAUACUAUCUAUUUUUUUAUUUCACAAUAACAAAUAGAGAUAAUAGAUAGUUAACAGAUUUAAACAGGAUUUUUUCAUUAAAUUCAUACAGACAUCAGACAUAAAUGUUCGACACAAGUGUACACAUUUCAAAAUGUCAAUAGAAAAAAAUUACUCUUUUUUUGAUCAAAUUUACUUAUGAUUACUUACGAUAUGAAAGUUACAAACUUAUGACAUAAAUAAUCAAUUGUAACAAAUAUUUUUUAUAUUUUUUAAACUAGGUAUCUUGUAGUCUAAGGUGGAAAUCUGGCUAGCUUAAAAAUUUUCAAAUUAAUAACAAAUACUAGAGUAUUUUAAAUUUAGUAUCAUAAAGUAACUUGAAUCAAUGUAGAUAUGCCUGUUAAAUAAUAAUAAUUUUAAUAUAGAAUUUAAUGCAGGUAUAGUAGUUUUUUAUAGAUUGACCCAAUAUAGAUGAAAUAUUUCAGAUUGAUGUUGAAAUUAAACUUCCACACACAAAUUUAAGUAUUAACUAAUAAUAAAAAA